AUGGUCGGAAUCACAAUCUGGACUUUUCCAUUUCCGACGAUAAACUUGCUGGCCCGAGUCUCAACCAGUGUUGUAGAAACGAUUAAACUUUCUGGCGACGGUGAUGCUUCAGGCACACUGGCAGGAGAAGGGGUCGUGGUUGGGGGUGUAGUACCAUGGAGCGGCGGUGUUGGACAGGUUUUAUUUAAGCAAGAAAAUAAUAUUUUAAUUACCAACAAUGCUCCACAAGUUCUUCUGGUUGAUACUUUUCCUUUGACAUCAAGAUUUGUUUCAGUCUUUAUACUGAAGCUCACAUUUAUUGUCCAGGGUUACUUUUUGCUUCCUGAAGGAGCUAAAUCUAAGCACAACAUACGUACUGUUAACAUCAGCAUAUCUGCUACACAUUCCUGCUUUGGGAACAGGUGGCAGCAACUUCUCAUUAACAGCUUUGUUGGAUAUGACACAAUACUGAUGAAUAGUUUACUGAAUUCUCCUGGCCAAGGUUAUCUUUAUAACUAUCAAACUAAGGAGUUCUAUGAUCUAAGUUAUGCACAUGAACCAGCAGUGGGUUCUACAAGAUUUGGAGAUACAGAAAAUAAUCAAGGUUAUUAAGGCGGUGAGGCGACUGAGGCGUUUGAGGGUCCUUCGGAGCGCUUUGGCAAUAGGGCAGGCACAAGGCGUCGUUUUAUUGAAUAAAGCGUUCUUGUGUUAUAUUUUUUUAUACAACCGUUCUAUUUGACGCAUAUGGCAUGUUAAAAAUUAUAUAAUACUACUAUAUGCUAAAUAAAGAUUAAAGGUUUAUACUUCAUAUCAAUGCAAAAUAUUCAUAAAAAAAAAAAAUCAAUGAAGUGAAUAAAUUAAGUUCAUCUUCAUCAUUCAUCAAUCAUCAAUCAUCAAUCAUCAAUCAUCAUAGCAUAUAGUAUAAAUAUAUAAUGAUGAAACAAAAUUAUAAACACGAUGUACAGAUGGCAGCCAUAAUAAAUAUGAACUAUUUACAACAAGAUGAAAAAGUGUUUACAGCUAAACAAACAUGAUCAUAGGAGCUAAUUUAGCAUCUCCAAACAUGAUGUACAGAUGGCAGCCAUAAUAAAUAAUCAAACUUUGUUCCAUAGGAAAGCAAAUUAUUGGAAAAACUAAAGGGCGUACAAUCAUAUGAAUAUUCAUAGUAGUCAGACACAGACGGAAGGUGGAAAAAAUAAAGGGGACAAUAGUACAACACAUUUUGCCCAUCCAACAGAAAAAAAUAAAAAAAAAAGAGAGAGAGAGCUGCAGGUUGCACACUUGUACUGUUGCUGUGAAGAAGGGAGACUGGGAGAGGAAAAGAAACCAGAAAAAAAAAUGAAAAAACAGAGGAAAGGAAGCCAAAAAAAAAAAAAAGGUAGAAUUGUAGAAGGGAGAGGAAAUUAGGAAAAGAAAAAUACCUACAUCAGCUGCAAAAGGUAGAAUCCUGUUUUUUUUUUUUUUUAGUUUUAGUAUUAAUAGUCUUGAUCCCAUGCAU